GGGCGCAGUACUCGCAUACACAAAUAAACUAUGGGCUCGAUUCAAUCCGUAGCGCUGGAAAUCAGCUCGGUAGCGCGAUUGAGCCGACAUAUGCAACGUUAUACUAUGAAUGUAGUCUCCGAACGCGGGAAUACUUGACAUUUCUAUCACGCUGUAGCUCAGGUCAUCAGCGCUAAGGAUUGAAUCGAGGCCUAUGUUGAUGACAGUCUGUUCUCCGUUUAUGUUGCCCCUUCUUUUAGAAGUUGACAUCAGAUAUAAUGAUGGCAAAAUAUUUUCUUAUGACAGAUAUAUAGAAUUUUAGCAAUAUUUGGAUGAUUUAAUGUGUUUUUGUUCUUUGCCUCUAUUUUAUAUUCACUUAUAGGGCUAUAGGCCUGGGUAUUGAUUUCCUAAACUGUUAUUGCCAUUUAGUCAUUACGGUGAUAGGUGUUUGAACAGGUGUGGCCUUCAAAUCCGCUAUUCUUGCAAGGGUUAAAUCUCGCGUUAGGACCACAGGGGCUCGGUGGAAGGACAUAUUCUACGCACCUCACUCCAACAGCAAUGAGUUUCACGGAACAAGGGACAUAACUGGAAACCACAUUUGUCGGAGGUGAAACGAAGCGCUAACCUGUUCAGAGCUGCAGUUCUUUGGAAGGACACCGUGGAAGAAUUAUGGACAAAAACUAAAGAACAACAUCUAUGCGUAAUUCCAUUUGGUCAUGAUUACGGACUAUCCAUUGCAAGCCUGAAACGUCAUGGUUAGAAAGUUGUAGCCAAAAGGUGCAGCAUCUGACCAUGUUGUCCCCAGUCAAAUUUGAUGAGGGAAAUAAGAUUCAGCGCUGACUUCUCUAUGUGAACCCGUCCCUCUCCUCUCUCUCUCUCCCGCUCACCAUGCGGCUUUGGAGCAGACCCAGACCAUGCCGGCGGGUGAUGCUCUGUCUCUGGUUACUUAUCCUCGCUCUAUCCGUGGCCACGCUGGCCCUCAUGGACCUGGUCUUUCGGGAUCAGACCCAGACACCGCCCAACUCGCCCCGCCGUCCCUUCCAGCGGCUCUCUGGUCCACCGGACCUGGAGGUGAUCGUGGAUUCCUGGGACCGUCUCAAACAGGAGCAUAAUCUCGGUCUCGCGCCGCUGAGCUCGCUGCAGGAGGACCAGCUUCUCUUCGUGCCCUCAACCCAGGUGAGGAACCCAGCUCCGCCGCCGAGGAAGGGGAGUUACCGGAUGGUUAUAUCGAGCGCCAAGAAGGAAUCAGCGGUCCCGGUGCUACCGACGCACGGGGAUAUGGGGAGACCGGUGCGGCUGAAGCUGGAGGGGCUAGAGAGGGACAUGGAGAAGUCUGUUCUGCAGAAAUACGGCUUCAACGAGCUGGUGAGCGGACGGAUCUCACUGCAUCGCAGAUUGCCCGAGGCUCGCCAUCCUUCGUGCCUCGUUGAGCGUUACAGUGAGUCGCUGCCGUCCGCGAGCGUGGUGAUAUGUUUCCAUGACGAGGCUUGGUCCACGCUCCUCCGCACCGUGCACAGCGUGCUCGACACAGCGCCCAAGGAGUACCUGCGCGAGGUCCUGCUCGUGGACGACCUCAGUCAGCAUGGUCACUUGAAGAGUGUGCUGAGUGAGUAUGUGUUGCUGCUGGAAGGGGUGCGUCUGGUUCGCAGCACGUGGCGUCUGGGCGUGGCAGGGUGUCGCUCUCUGGGUGCAGCCAGAGCUGUGGGGGAGGUACUGGUCUUCAUGGACUCACACUGCGAGUGCCACAGGGGCUGGUUGGAACCACUAUUGGAGCGAGUGGCACAGGACAGGACCAGAGUGGUGUCUCCCAUCAUAGACGUGAUAGACUGGCAGACGUUCCAGUACAACGCCACCCAGUGGCCACACAGGGGAGUGUUUGACUGGAGACUGGACUUCAACUGGGAAACCCUGUCCCAACAGGAAAACCAGGAUUCACCACUGGAGCCUGUCCAGAGUCCGGCGUUGGUGGGCGUGGUCUUAGCAAUUGACAGACACUUCUUCCAGAGCGUGGGAGGUUAUGAUCCAGGCAUGCUGUUCUGGGGGGCGGAGCAUAUGGAGUUGUCCAUCAGGGUGUGGUUGUGUGGGGGCUCCAUGGAGGUGGUCCCCUGCUCCAGAGUGGCUCACCUGGGGCGCCAUCACCAGCCCUAUACCCUCCCUGACCAGGACAUCCUCCAGAGGAACAAGAUACGCAUCGCUGACACCUGGCUGGAUGCCUUCAGGAAGAUCUACUAUAAGAGAGAUACACUAGCUCACUUCAUCAGGCAGUCUGAGAGUCCUAACAUUACAGAGCUAGUCAGACUGAAGAAGAGACUGGGCUGCCGUAACUUCCACUGGUUCCUGACGAACGUCUACCCAGACCUCUAUAUACCCCAGGACAGACCUUCACUCUCAGGGGAGCUAUACAAUGUUGGCACUGGCUAUUGUGCGGAUUACCCUGGAGGACGGGGUCCACAGGGCGCCACUAUGGACAUAGCACCCUGCAGUGGCAAUGGCUACCAGCACUGUGAGCUGAACUCCAUGGGAGAGGUGCGCUGGGGGCCAGCGGGACGGCUGUGUUUCCACGCCCAAGGGGAGAGGGUGGUACUAACCCCGUGCCCCGCCCAUCAGCUGCCCCGCAACAAACCACAGUGGAGGGUCAUCAAGCUGAGUGGCCAGGUGGUUCACUUGCAGACCCAGAGAUGUCUGGAAGCUGUGAAGGAGGAGGGAGGUAAGCCGCAGAGGGACACAGGAGGUCACCAGAGAGGGGGCAACGCUACCCAGAAUGGUCUGUUCCUGCGCCCCUGUGCCCAUCAGCCCCGGCAACAGUGGCACUUCGAACAGCUAGUUGUCCCUAAAGGGGCCUGAGUCUGACUUGGAGUAUAGUUACAGUACAUUGCCUAAAGGCACAUAAUAAAAGCGCAUGUUGUAAGGAGCCAAUUUCAUAAGUGGGUCUCUAUGGGCAAGAGGUCUAAGGCUAAAUUCAAUAGCAAUACUGAUGUGGCUAUACUGUAUGUCUGUAUAUUCUUUGCAAUGGCUUGUGGAAUCAGCAUCUUGCCUGCAUUUAGAUUUUGUUUCUGUUUUAAGGACAUAUAAUGCAAGUUCUAUGGUGUGAACACAAUUUAACCAUAAAUCACAGAGGAAAUAAGCUGUAUGAUUUUGUACAAUGCUGCACAUAAAGGAAUAUUCUAUAUUAUGAAAUUGCCAGAUUUAGUUAGCGAAUAGCCUAUAAUGUAGGCUUAAUGGUGACUGAAUCCUUUAGAACAAUUUAGAAGUGCAAACAAUCAAGAUCUUUCAUCCUGAAUAAAAUAUCUGACAAAGGUA